CUUUGAAGAUUUUUUUUCUCCUUCUUGUUGAGCCGCGCAUCAGCGCAAGUUUGAGAGAGGAGGUAGGCAACUGGAGCAGGUGAGGGAGAGAGAGAGGGGCAAGAAAAAGGGGUAGAGAGGAGAGGGAGAGCUGGUUUUCUGCACUUGAACGCAGCCAGACGCAGAGCGUGGGAGCACAAAGCAGUGGUAGCCAGCUAAAAACGCCGCUGUUCACACGAUCUGUCCUCUUGCCACCGUGCGCGCUCGGAAGAUAGGGGAAAGUUAUCUUUCUUUUUUUAUUUUUGGAACAUACAGUCUGGAUCGGAUCUCUUUCUUUUUUUACUUCAACAAUUUGUGCGGCUGUGGACUUACUUUUUUUUGCGUGUGAAAAGUUUUAAACUGCAGGGAAUUAUCAGAGCGCUGCAGAAUGGAAGGUAAAUUGACAAGUCGCGUUUGGCGAGGAUCACCGUGUGGAUCAUUCUGCAGGUAAAGGGCGCUAUGACUUGAGCGGCCGAAACGGCUGGAUCUCAUGUGCAUGACGGGUUUUUUUUAUUUUUAUUUUUGGUUCUGAUGUAGUUGAGCUUUAACCAGUGAGUUGCUCCUCUCCACCAUCAAAAAGUUCAAAAGUAAGUCGACAAAGGGCGACAGCCUACGAUCCUGCCAGAGGCGCUUUGGCUUUUAUUUGGUAAUUGCUGUCGCGUUAUUUAUGCACUGAAAACUGAAAGGACAUAACAAUCCCCCCUCACUGUUUUUUAUACACAGAGACUUUUUUUUCUUCUUUGUAUAUUCCACUAUUUUCACCAGACUUUUAAGCUGCUAUAAGCGCACGGAGUGAUUUCAACAGAUUCACUUUUGAGGCGAUCCUGCACACCUAAAAACUCGAAAACAGAGGAACUCUAAGCCUCUUCAAGCACUUUCAAGAGAUCCGGACAAAACAGACCAAGUUUGCCUUCGGUUGCGUGAAAUCCACCUGGCAAGAUCUGGGAUUAUUUCAUCGACAGCGUCUACAGAGAGUGGAUUACAACUUCUAACGUGCUGUGCUCCACGGUCUCUGACAGUAUGAACAUGGGGCUAGGUUGUGUUUGCCGGCCUGCUUGCUGGUCCUUUGGCAGCUUGCUGGACUCCAGGCACUGUGUUUUUGCCCUCACACUCCUCACGCUCCUCAUGCAGGUGGUCGUGGAGGCCAACUCAUGGUGGUCUUUGGCCAUGAACCCUCUACUGAUCCCAGAGGCCUACAUCAUCGGGGCCCAGCCUCUGUGCAGCCAGCUGGUAGGCCUGUCUCAGGGCCAAAAGAAACUGUGCCAGCUCUACCAGGACCACAUGCAGUUCAUUGGUGAAGGUGCCAAAAUGGGGAUUCGAGAAUGCCAGUACCAGUUCAGGCACCGGCGCUGGAACUGCAGCACCGUGGACAACUCCUCUGUGUUUGGACGUGUCAUGCAAAUAGGCAGUCGGGAAACGGCGUUCACCUAUGCCAUCAGCGCAGCCGGGGUGGUGAACACAGUGAGCCGUGCUUGCAGGGAGGGCGAGCUCACCAGCUGUGGGUGCAGUCGGGCCGCUCGUCCUAAAGACCUGCAGAGGGACUGGCUGUGGGGUGGCUGCGGAGACAACCUCAACUACGGCUACAGGUUCUCCAGGGAGUUUGUGGACGCACGCGAGAGGGAGAAGAGCUAUCCGAAAGGCUCAUACGAGAGUGCCAGGCUGCAGAUGAACCUUCACAAUAACGAGGCAGGGAGAAGGGCAGUGUCAAACCUCGCCGAUGUGUCCUGCAAGUGCCAUGGCGUGUCGGGCUCCUGCAGCCUGAAGACCUGCUGGCUACAGCUGGCCGACUUCCGUAAGGUGGGCGAUUAUCUGAAGGAGAAGUACGACAGCGCAGCAGUCAUGAAGCUCAACUCGCGUGGCAAACUGGUGCCGAUGCACAGCAACUUCAACCCUCCGACGAGCAACGAUCUGGUGCACAUCGACCAGAGUCCAGACUACUGCCUGAAGAACCAAAGCACUGGCUCCCUGGGCACGGUGGGGCGCCUUUGCAACAAGACGUCGGAGGGCAUGGAUGGGUGCGAGCUGAUGUGCUGCGGCCGAGGUUACGACCAGUACAAGGCCCAGAUAGUGGAGCGCUGCAACUGCAAGUUCCACUGGUGCUGCUACGUGAAGUGCAAACGCUGCACCAAAAUCGUAGACCAGUUCGUCUGCAAGUGAGGAGAGACCUGUGGCCUUUGUGGAUGACGGUUGUACGUCUGUGUGAAUUCAUGAGUGGUGGAACACAGAGAGAGGAUGGAAGAAAGAAACUAUAAAUUAUAUUUAUAGAGUUAAACAAUUAUGUCAUUUGCAAAAAGACCCUCUUAAAAAAAAACAAAAAAACUUCUUCUUUUUUUUUAGAAACCAAGAGUAUUGUGAAAUAUUUAUUUUCAGAUCGCUAUGUUUUUAUUCUGGCCCAGUCACUAUCAGCUAUGUUUUUGUUUUCUUUUGUUUUAGUUUUUUUUAUCUUAAAAUUUCCUAGACCUGUCAACCACUUCUUACCUGGUUUUUUUUUGUUUUUUUUUCCUCUAGAAAACUAUUUUUCUUUGCAAAUGGGUGACACUGAUAAAUGAUGUCUGCAAAGUUGAGCUGUACCUUCCACUUUCUAACAAAAGUGAUGUUUGAUGUUGGCUCAGAAGUUCCAGUGAGUCCAUCAGAAAUGACUGGGUUAAGACGAGAAUGCAUGUGUAUUAUGUAUGGAUCUUCACAGCGCCAGUUGAAAACCAGACUUUGCAAUCUUUACUUGUCACUUCUCAACACAUGAGCAGAAAAUAAGUCUGUUGUUCUUUUUAUUUUUUUGUUUUGUUUUGAAUCCUUGUAAUACAACAGUGAAAAGGCUACUUUUUUUGGUGGGAAACUGGGCCAUUUAUUAAGCUGUCUCAGACGCCUCGACAUCCCCCAGGUGCUGCAACAGGCCCGUCAUUCAUUAUGCACUUUGAUGCACAGACUCUAACCUGUCUGCAUGUGUCUAAUCAACUGUUAUCCAUAUAUCCAUAUCGUAGCCUCCUUUUUUCCAUAUUAAUUCAGAUUAUCCAUUUAACAUUACUCUACAGUACUUAUCAUGGUUCAAAUAUAUAUGGGCAGUGUCUUGGUGAACAGUGGUGAAAUAUUAAGCGCUCUCUGUAAAUAGUAUAGCAUAGUCUAUCCAGCCAAUCAAUAAACUGUAUUUAUUUUUUUUACCCAAUCUUCCUUUAAGCUUAAAGAAAGAAAAGUAUUGUUUCUAUAAACGGAUGAUUUAGUCGUUUUUUUUUUUUUUGUUUUUUUUUAAGGUCACUUUUCUAAAAUUUUGAUUCUCACUGACACAUGGCGCUUCACUGGUUUUGAAAAAGGGAAAUGCACCUUAUUGUUCGUAACAAAACCUUUCACUCGCGUUCGGCUUCACACCAAUCCGUUCACGGAUGUUCAGAUUUUUAUCUCCGAUUUUCACCAUGGUAUGAUCCCUGUGAUGAUUCUCAUUAGGCUUGUUCAAACAACUCAACGAUGUGUAUUUAUAAGCUUCUCUAAUGAAUUUGGGGUUUGUUGAACCUAACGUGUUAUAGUUGAUAUUUUGUUACUUUUUACAAAUUGGCUCAAUGCUCUUCUUUCCUUCAAUAAAUAAGAAAUGUAAAACUAG